UUGUCAUCACCGUUUUCCCGUUGAAUAUUUUGUUUUUAACGCAAAUAUCUCUAAAAAUCUUAUCGGAUAUUAAAUAAUGAGGGUUGGAAAAGUUUGAUCUUAUGUGUUAGUCUAAUCUGUAUGAAAUAUAUAGUUGUAAACAUUAAUUAAUAACCUUAACGUGGUAAUGAAAAUAGAUUCCCUGCGGGGUGUUUAUAUUGUUAUUUAGUGAGGUCUAGAUAAGCAAAAUGAGUUAUAAUUCUGGUGGGAGUGGUAGUAAGGGGUUCGGGUUCGCUGGUUUUACGAUGCCGAAGCGCAACCCGUCGAAUGUGUCGCUGCAUGCGGUGCCGCCGCCAACGACGCCGAUGCACGCCGUGCCGCCUCCUUCCACGGGCCUGUCGAAGCAGGGCUACUCCACCAUGAGCGCCAUCACACAGAACGCCGUCACUGGCAACUGGGGAUCGCUGGGGAAGAAGCGAUCCAAGACUGAGGAUGAGUACUUUGAUGAGGAUGAUGAGCCCCCAACCCCAGCCCUGGCUUACAUCCCUGCCCCUGGGAGCCCCACAUAUGAAGCUGCUUCUAGUUCUAAGGCUGCAGAAGAAGAUGAAGAGGAUCCCCUGGACGCCUACAUGGCAGGCUUGGAGCAGCAGGCAGCCAAAGACCUGGUGGCCAGCAAGGAGAAUGCAGUCAGUGGCAAGGGAGACAGCGGCCGAGGAACUAGAGGAGAUAUUGAUGAAAUGGAUGAUGAAGAGAGUUAUUAUAAGUACAUGGAAGAUAACCCCCUAAACCAUGGCGACGAUGGUUCAGACAUUGAAAUAGAAUACGACGAAGAUGGCAACCCCAUCGCCCCCCCUAAGAAGAAGUUCAUUGACCCCCUGCCUCCCAUAGAUCACUCGGAGAUAGAAUAUGAACCGUUUGAGAAGAACUUCUACGUGCCACAUGAGGAUAUUGAGCAGUUGACCCCACAGCAGGUUGAGGAGUUGAAGAAGAAUUUGGGGGUUAAGAUAUCAGGCCCGGACCCGCCACGGCCAGUCAGCAGUUUCGCUCACCUGGGCUUCGACGAGCAGCUGAUGAAAGCUAUCCGUCGCUCUGAAUACACACAACCCACGCCCGUGCAAGCCGCUGGUGUGCCCGCCGCGUUGUCUGGCAGGGAUCUUAUAGGUAUCGCUCGCACGGGUUCCGGUAAAACAGCAGCAUUCUUGUGGCCGCUGUUAGUGCACAUCAUGGAUCAGAAGGAGUUGGCGCCCGGGGACGGACCCAUCGGUCUUAUCCUGGCGCCCACCAGGGAACUUGCACAACAGAUCUACAUGGAAGCGAAACGUUUCGGCAAAGUAUACAACAUCAGAUGCGUGUGUUGCUAUGGUGGCGGGUCUAAAUGGGAACAGUGCAAGGCGUUAGAAGGUGGUGGCGCAGAGAUCAUAGUGGGUACUCCGGGUCGUGUGAUCGACCUCAUCAAGUGCAAGGCGACGAGCUUGCAGCGAGUCACUUACCUGGUGCUUGAUGAGGCGGACAGGAUGUUUGAUAUGGGUUUCGAACCGCAAGUCCGUUCAAUCUGCAGCCACGUGCGUCCCGACCGGCAAGCUCUGCUAUUCUCCGCCACCUUCCCGCGCCGCGUGGAGAGGCUCGCACGCGACGCGCUGCACGACCCCGUGCGAGUGCAGCACGGCGCUGCUGGCGAGGCCAGUGCUCUGGUCACGCAGCAUGUCCGAAUAUUCCACAAACCAGAGCAAAAAUGGACAUGGUUACUAAACCACUUAGUCGAGUUUCUCUCUGCGGGGAGUGUUCUAAUAUUCGUUACUAAGAAGUUAGAGGCUGAACAAACGGCAGCUAACUUGGGCGUGCAACAAUAUGACGCGUUGCUCUUACACGGAGACAUGGAACAAGCCGACAGGAACAAAGUUAUAACUGCCUUCAAGCGGAACGAGAAUAAUAUACUAGUCGCUACUGAUGUCGCAGCUCGCGGUCUGGACAUCCCGCACAUCCGCACGGUGGUGAACUACACAGUGGCGCGGGACAUCGACACGCACACGCACCGCGUGGGCCGCACGGGCCGCGCCGGCGUACGCGGCGAUGCCUACACUCUGCUCGACCAAGCCCGGGACAGGGACUUCGCCGGACACCUGCUCAGGAACCUGGAGGGAGUGCAGCAGGAAGUACCCGAGGACCUGAUGCAGCUAGCGAUGCAGUCGGCGUGGUUCCGCAAGUCUCGCUUCAAGAAGGGCAAGGGCAAGAACCUUAACGUCGGCGGUUGCGGUCUAGGUUACAAGGAGCGUCCGGGUCUGCCGCCGCCGAAGGAGGAGUCGUCCCCGGCGGUGAGCGUGGACAAGUCGCACGGACCUGCUACUGACAGGCUCGCCUCGCUCAAGGCGGCCUUCCGAUCACAGUAUAAUCAGUUCACAGCCUCAACAGACCACUCGUGGGAACAAACCCGACCCUCCAUCCAGCCCGGAGUCAACGCCCCCGCCGCCCCCGCGCCACCCGACGAGGCCCCACAGGAAGAGAAGCCGGAGGACAGAGCCGAGAGGAUCAGGAAGAGUGGGAAGAGAAGCCGGUGGGAGUAAGUAGGGUAGGACGCGGUGGCUGAUCGCCUGGAGUUGGUUCUGUAUGCCGGUGGAUUUGUGUUUUGGGGAAAUAAAAGAGGUAUAAAGUGAAAGUAUGUGUGUUAAAGAAUGAUAAAUAUAUAGUUGCUAGACUCGUUAAAUAUUGGUCUCUCUGAAAUCAGCCAUUUGUCGCCUCACGCAUGCGCAAUGGUGUUUUGACUGUAGUGAAGUGGCUAAGGGCCAACUUCGUAGUGGCAAUGUUUGACGAUAAUAACAUUAGUGCAGAUGAAACUUGGCAUGAAUGGAAUUGUUAACUGUGUAUGGUUUGCAUUAAAUUAUGUAUGGGUUAAACUCGUGUUUUCCUGCAAUGAAAUUAAGAAUUACCGAAAGUAGUUUUUCCCCAAAACAUAACUUCAAAACGACGGUGGUUUAUAAGAAUUAAAGUGAGUUGAAAAUCGUUAUAGCACUCCCAAAGUUAAGUAUUUAGAAUAAUGAAUAUAAUGCUGGAAUCAUUAAGACUUAUUAUAAUGUAUUUUAGUACAGGACAAGCGUUUGUUAUUAUUGUUAUUUAUUUAAAUAUCUCAAUUCGAUGUAAUUGUUAUUUUAUUUCGGUUAUUUCUAUGUAUAAUGUAAUAUGUAUUUUACUUACUAUGUAUACAGUAAUACCUCAGUUUUGGUAUGUAACAAAACUCUAUUAAAAUCAAAAUUGCAAAAUACCAGAACACUAAAAUCACAAAUUCAAAGCGUGUUUUUAACGAUUUUAUUUUUAUUCUUUAAAAUUUAGGUUAUUUUAUUUUAUAAACGUAGUUGUGACCAUUGCCUGUGGAUGAUUUCAGUAUUCGGGUGUAUUGUAAUUUUGCCUGUUAAUGUACUUUGUUGCUAACUUGCUACCAUACUUAAGAGGACGAAUUGGAAUUUUUGGCGCCAAGGAUCUCAAUUUUUCUCAGUAAAUACAAAACGGAUCAAAAUACAACUUGGUUACCUGAAAGUUCAUGAUAUAAACCUUAUUUUGUUA